GGGCUCACCUGGCGAGAAGGGUCAACUGGGGGAGUGCAAGGUUCCAAGUGAUGAGGCUUUCCAGGGCCCCCCAGGACCCCCAGGAGAACAAGGGCCCAAGGGAGACAAUGGACAAAAGGGGGAAAAGGGAGAUAGUAAUUUGGAAGAUAAUUUGGCACAGAUUAUAUUUCAGCCUGGGCCACCAGGUCUUCCCGGACCACCUGGACCACAGGGUCCCAUGGGAUAUCGUGGGCUGCCUGGCAUGAAGGGUGAGCCAGGCCAGGUGAUCAGAGGAGAGAAGGGAGAUCCAGGUGACAGGGGUCCCCCUGGGAUUCGGGGUCUUCCAGGUCCUGUGGGGCUGAUCGGCCUGCCAGGCACCAAAGGCGAGAAGGGAAAGAUGGGUGAGCCAGGGUUGGAUGGUUUCCCAGGGCUGAUGGGAGAAAAAGGCAACCGGGGGGACAAAGGAGAAAAGGGGGAUCGAGGUGCUGUGGGCAAGAGAGGCCUGAAGGGACAGAAGGGGGAGCAGGGACCACCUGGACUGGACCAGCCUUGUCCUGUGGGCCAUGAUGGACUACCUAUACCAGGGUGUUGGCAUAAGUGACAUUCCAAACUUCACAAACAGCCAAACUUCAGAUCUGUACAUAUUGACGGUGAAUAUCUGUAAAAUAAAUGAUUUCGAGUUUUGUAAUAUUUCCUUACAAAGUUUCUUUUCUAUUUAAUAUAUUGUUUUUUGUAUUAAUGGACACUGUUAUUAUCGUCUUAUUAUCAGUGUUGAAGAGUUAUAAUUUGAACAAAGACAUUUGUAAUAAUGCAUUAGUAAAGGUGUCUAGAAACAUGAAAUGCACGGGAUUCAGGAAAAUGUAGUGGGACGUCUACUAUCUCAGUUCUUAAAGUUGCUGCUAAUCGUUUCUUAUCUUAUUUACACAACUGACAACUUACCUGCUUAGAAGACAGAACGGAUGACAGGAGAGUGUGUGGAACUUCUGGUCUUGGCCAACUGUUUACAUAUUUUAUCACUCUGACUUAUUUAAUCCUUUUCUGCUUUCAAGAAAGGAGCCAAUAUUAAAAUAAGGCUCCGAUGCAAACAUGACAACCUGUGUGGGAAGAGACAGAAGGCUAUGAUUAAUUAAACUAAUUAAUCAAUUAAUUUGACUGGUCAGAAAAUACCGACCAGCAUCUACUUGCUCAACAGUGUUAGUUGCCCUCAAAAAUCUGAGACUUUAGAUUUGAAAUCUAUAACUGUCAAAACUGAAUAAUUGUUAAAUGUAUCAGAAAGGCAACGAGUACUAUGAGCAUGAUUGUUCUUCAAACAUUGACAAUUUUCAGUUACAUUGUCUCUUUUUUAUAUAGAAGAAUUUUCGUGUUUUUUUAUGGUUUGUAUCUGA